AUGGCCAUAGUCAGUCAGGCGCCGUUUAAUGAGGUGUCCGAACUUCUCGGUGAGAAUAACGGGAGGUUCAAGGAUCUAGUCAAGGGCCAUCUAGGAACUCUGCUGUUUGCUCCACUCAGAGAUGGAUUCUCGCUGCCAGCUACAUCGAUUACUACCUGGGUUGGUAAAUAUUUGGACCAAGUCUAUGCGCAGUUCAAGCUUAGUGACUGGCUUACUCUUUUGGUUAUCGACCGAGUCACUCUCUUUAACCAGGUUGAGGUUGAGGGAUCUCAAAACGUCAGCAGCUUUCUCUUCAAUUCCGAAAAACAUGAUGUCCAGCCUGACUGGAUGAACAUAUGGUCUGUGGCUGCUCUCAAACAAAUUGUUGACCCCGGUGAGAGGCUUUGGAAGGGACCUAUGCUUGUUAUUCAUGGUGACAAAGAUCCAGCGGUGCACUGCAACGCAUCAUUGGCUACUUCAAAGGCUACUUACGAGAAGUAUUCUGGUGAUCUGGAAGUAUUGGGUAUUCCUGGAGUUGGUCACUUUCCUGGUAUGUAUGCAACUCGGUCGAUUUGGAUGGAUUGGAUUGAGGAUCGGUUCGAGAGACGCAAGGUCCACAAGCAGGGCUGUUUUCAGUCCAAGAUCGACCGGUUUCUACCUGACGAUCAUUAUCAGCAUGAUUCAAACUCCUUCCCUUUGUGGGCUGGCAAGUCCGAAUUGGCUUAUGAGCUUCCCCAGGGUCAUUAG